AGGCUCAGGGGGAGACCUGGGCAGAGCCCUAGGCGCCUGGGCCCGCUGCUCUUGCUUGUGGCUAGGUGAGAAGGAGGAAGCCCAGGACCCGUUGAGAUGGGUGGAGCAGAAUCGCCCUGGAAGGUAGUCUGGGGGCCGUUGGCAUUGCUCUUCGUAAGCUCUGCAACAAAAAUUCUGAUCCAAGAUGCAUCUGUACCACUUAUGCAUGCAGGACUGGGGUGGUGCCCCCCAAAGUGGAUCCCGUACAGAGAUGAGUUUUGCCUCUAUCUCCCGACUGCUCCUGCUCUCUCCUGGAAGGAGGCCAGAGCCUUCUGUCAGGACCAAAAGGCAGAUCUGGUGGUCAUCAAGGAUUAUAGCAAGCAAAUGUUCCUGAGGGACCAUACCGAAGGUGCCAGGGGUCAUGCGUCAUACUUCUGGAUUGGACUGGCGUGGCGAGAGGCUCAGCUCACCUGGGUGGAUGGCACUCCAAUAUCACAGAGUUGGUACAGCCACUGGCUCCAGGGCCACCCUGGGAAGAAGCACUGCACCCAGCUUGUAGGCAUCUAUGCUGCGCAGUGGAGAGACUGGGACUGCGAGGCCAGCACCUCAUUUAUCUGUGAGAAGCCGAUGAAAGAUGCUUUUUCCAGCAGCACCAGAAAAGUGCGAUUCCGCUCUCACUGCUACGUCUUCCAUUUUCCAUCGUUGCGGGAACAGAGGUCGUGGGGAGAGGCCCAGUCUUUCUGCCAGGAGCUCGGAGGGAACUUGGCCGUUAUCCACGAUGAAGAGGAGAAUACUUUUCUCUCAAGUGCUUUUCCUGAGGAUGGCUGGUACCUAUGGAUCGGUCUGCACCUGGAGGCCAUGUGGAAGUGGAGCGAUGCCUCGGCCCCCACCUACCUCCGGUGGGACGCAGCCCCAUCCGCAGGGCAGGACCGGUGCGUGGUGCUCAGUCUUCGGCCUCUGGAUGGCGGGCAGCAUGGGACGUGGAAGGCCAGGCCUUGCCAGGUGCGCCCCGCAGCCGAAUACGUAGGUUUCAUCUGCCAACUCCAGUACGAUUCCUGUGGCCCUCCGGAGCCUGUUCGGUUUCUCCUCCCGGGCGGGAUGGGUCCUUAUGCCACAGCUGAUGUCACCUUCUCUUUGACUGCCCAUGCCACCUUCUCUCUGGUUUUGACCUGCUUCCAUCCAAAUGGCACCCUCUUCUUGAUCAUCUUUGAGUACAAUGCCACUCAUAUCCAUGGCAGCAUCUUUAGUGAGCAGGGCAGAUUUUUGGUGCACAAGAACUACCCUCGUGCCCCUUUCUCCCCCGGCCUCAACACCUGGAGCUUCAUCAGCUACCCAGAUGGCUUUGCCUGCUUCUUCAACCACCAGGAGCACUUCCGGCUGUCGGACAGCCAAAAUGCCUUCCUUGCGAACAUCAGCUCCUUGCAGAUAAGUGGAGCCACCGUAGCCAACGCUUCCCUGGAGUAUCCGCUUUCCUCUGACUUGCGCUUCCCCCACGGGAACAGCCUGCAGCUGGAGGAUGCCGUCCACUACUACCUGUGCAACUUCACUUUUGGGCUGUGGAUCCGAAGCGCCUUCCUGGACUCUCCUCGGAUGUGUGCAGUCAGCUACUCCUUGAAGUGGCAGCAGCAGGCAGAGUUUGCGCUCUUCCUUCUCUCCCCUUCUGGACUGGAAUUCCACGCCAAGGGAGCCCUGCUGUUCAGUGGCACCCGAGUCCUCCUUUUGGAUGGAUCCUGGCAUCACCUGGCUGUCUCGGUCACCAACACUCCCGGCGUUGCUCCCUUCAAAGUCUUUGUGGAUGGAGAGACCUGGCAGCCAGACGUGUCUGAAAGUGGUGGCUUCCUGUGGAAGGGGCUAUCCCUGGGAGGAAGGCUGAGCCUAGGGCAGCUGGAGGGCGGCCACGGGGGGGCCAGCUUCUACGUGGGCGAUCUGAGUGAGGUGAACCUGUGGGACCGAGCCCUUUCUGAGUUCUCAGUGAAGCAACUGUCAGCCUUGAGAAACAGGUGGAAGUUCCCCGGGAACGUGGUGAGCUGGAGUCAACUGGUUGCAAAGAAGCCUCCAGGUGUGCAGUUCAGCCCCACCAGUGAAGAGCCAGAUCGUCCUUUUGUGUGGUUUGGCCUCCUCCGGCUCAGAGGGAAGGCUUUGGUUCUCUGCACAGACCCAGAGCGGUCCAUCCUCCACAUCCAGCCCCUGCUUGGCCCAUGUGCCACACGGGCUCUCUGGGGAUUGCAGCUGAACGGUCGUCUCCGCAACGUUGCAGACCCUCCUGCUUGUCUUCUGGUGGCCUCAGGUGGCUCCUCUGUCCUGAGCAGCUGGGACUGCUCUCCCGAUGCUCGGAGCAGCUUCCGCCUCUUGCAGGACAUGCGUCUGCAGAAUCUGCACUCGGGGCUCUGCUUGUUUCAAGAAGCCGGCAAUGCCACGCUGUAUCUGGGGAAAUGCACUCUUCAGGCCUUGUUCUUUUUCCUGGAUUGGGAUGUGCACUGUCUCCAUUCCAGGGGCUGGAGGCCUUGGAAGGACAGAUGCCUCUUCUUCGUGCUGGACGCAGCUCUCGAGUGGAGCCAGGCGCAGAGGUUCUGCCAGCGGUUCCACGGGGGGAGCCUGCUCUCCCUGAACAGCCCACAGGAUCUGAUGUGGCUGCAGGGGCAAGUGCCAGGGAGCCUCUGGACAGGGUUGCACAGCAGUGGCAGAGAUCUGUGGAGCUGGCUGGAUGGGACCCGGUUCAACCAAGCGCUGAAGCGCUUCAUGUUCUUUUUGGAGCCUUCCAGCAUGGCAGUCUGCAUGCUUGCUCUGACCUCUGGCUUCCUGAAGGCCGAGCCGUGCCACAGGCCUCACCGGUGGAUCUGCCAGGCUCCGCGCCAAAGCGAUUUAUACAUGACCUUCCCUGGGAAAUCCUUUGUGGGCACCAAGAUUGCAGACCUGAGCUUUCCUUCGCUGCAGGCCGCCAAGCAGCAGUGCAGCGCAUUGGGCGAGGGCUGUGAUGUUGUGGUCAGCACCAUGACUGGCCACCACCUUAUGAUGGGGAAACGCUUUGUCACCCUGGAGGAUCCUGGAGCAGCAGCAGCAGCAGCAGCAGCAGCAGCCGUGCAUGUCAAAACAAGAUGCUCCCCCGGCUACUCUGGGCAGGACUGCCAAUCGAUGUGUCCUCGAUGUGAGCCCAGCUUGAGCUGCAACCCACUGACGGGCCUCUGCGAUGGCUUCCUCUAUUACCGAGAGGCUCCCGCCCUCAUUGCCUCACUGAAGUGCCUUCCGCUUGAGGUUUGGAUAUUUGAGCGAGGAAGUUGCUGGUCUUACGAGCGCUACAGUAGUCAGGUUGAAGCCAAGGCCGUGUGCAAGAGGUAUCUGGGUAGCACAGUCAGGAAGGUUCCACCCCUGAGCAAGGUCCCAGCUGGCCCCUCUGCAGAUGGGAGAAGAGGCUUCCAGCAGCCAGGAGGCUCACUUUGGGCUUGCCAGCGAGGUGAAGAUGUGAAGCUGCCUUCAUUCAGGGAGAAGCUGCUGCUGCCCCACCAGGAGGCUGCUCCCGAGCAGAGGCAUGCCUCGUGGCAGGAAGCCGAAGAUGCUUGCUACCUGCAGAAGGAACGCUGUACGGGGCUCCUGAGCCUGAAAGGAGCUCAUUACACAGUGGCCGGGACGGUGCUGGUCGACAGCCCUGGCUCAGGGGCUCUCCUCUCUGUGAAGGCAGCUUGCUCCCCUGGGUUCUGUGGCAAGCACUGCCAGAGGCGCUCUUCUCCUUGCCUGAGCACGCACACCUACAACCCUCUGACCGGCCGGUGUGAUGGCAGCCUGAGCUGUGUGCGUCGCUUCAGCCCGUCAUGUCUUCAUGGUCUGGUACAUUCCAGGUGUCCAAGGGGUCCCGGCUGGUGGUUCUGGGGCGGACACUGCUAUUACGUGGAGGAGCAGGGCAGCAAGAGCUGGCAAGAGGCCAAGGCUGCCUGUCAGGCCUAUGGCGAAAACGUGACCCUCCUGGUUCUGAGCAGUGCCAAGGAAAAGGCCUGGGUGGCAGCCAUGGUGCAGAGGGGCAGCUGGACAGGGCUGAGUGAUGCAGGCGGAGUAUGGAGAUGGGAAGAAGGCCGAGCGGAUAGCCUUUCUCUGCCUUGGUUACCCAAUGUGCCUCUGGUGUCCGGAGGCUGCUUGGAGAUUCGUCCCAGGGGAGACCCGGAUUUGGCCGCCUCCCCAUGCUCCCACCUCAGGCCCUGGGUGUGCGAGGGGCUCUGGGCACCCCUGAGUUCCUGUCCAGCAGAGCCCGGAUGGAGCCACUGGAAUGGCAGCUGCUACCUCUGGGACUCUUCCUCUGCUGGUGCCUGGCCAGAGGCCCUGGAGGCCUGCCGGAGGUUCAGAAAAACAGAGCUGCUGUACCUGACCACACUUCAGGAGAUGGACUGGGUGCGUUCCCACUUCCAAGGCACUUUCUGGACAGGCUUGAAUGACCGGAAGGAGGAGUCGGUCUUUCGCUGGUCAGCCUUGGAGCCCCUCAGCAAGCAAGUGGCUCACAGGUACUUGCGAGAUGACAUGGCAAAUGGAGGGCGGAAGGACUGUGUGUGGUUUGACUCAGCAACAGGACUUCUGAGUGAUGCCAGCUGUGGGGAAGAGAGGCCUUUCUUGUGCAAAUGCCCUGAAGCCACAGAGUGGUUUGAUCAGUGGACUGGCUACGGCAUGGUGGGAGAGCCAUCACUGCUCUAUCCCUCUGCAGAAACCCUGGAGGGGGCCAAGCGGGAGUGCCUGCUGGAGCGCCCCGUCUGUGUGGCCGUCCUGGAGACAAGGUCCGGCUUCUACCUGCUCAGCAGCAAGGAUGAUGCCAGCCCCAAAGCAGACUCGGUGCUUCAUGUGUGGACCAUUUGUGCAGAAGGGUUUAGUGGCCUAGCCUGCCGUAAGACCUCAGCAGGCGCAGCCCGGCCAGCCUGUGACUGCAGUGGCACGUUGAAGACCACGGCAGAGAAAGUUUGUGGCGUCCCUGUACAGACCUGUGUGGAAGAUUGCCAGCAAAUGACUCCCAGGACUAACUGCUCGUUUUGCAUCCCUGUCUGCACUGAGGCCAGCCUGAGCUUUCUGGACCCUGAAGAGUUUGCUCUCGUCACCAUGAUCCAGUUCAAGGUGUCCCAUUCCCUCAAUCUCACGACAGAGGACGAAAGGGACCGGACGGUCUCCUCCAAGGUCGUAUAUGAUGACACCAAGUACCCAUGACAGGAGAGGCCAAUAAAGGCUCUGGAGGUGCCGAG